ACACACACGUACACACACACACACACAUACAGAAACUCUCCACAGGAGAAGCUAGAGACAGAAUGCGCAGCCCCUUCACAGCAGCUUUGGUGCGUCGUGGCGUCCAAAAGGGAUCCUGCAACACUUUGAUAGUUGGUUAAUUACUCAUAUGAUACCACACAGAUGUCUGGGGGGCUCUAGCCGAAAAUUCGUCUCACUAACUCACUGACUGACUGACGGGAUCCUGGGGAAGGCAGACAUUUAAGGAGCGCUGUGCCAAACAGCCGUAAUCAGGCUCUUAUCACCUCAUCUGGAAAUCAAAGAGUGAACUGUGUUCUGCAAUGGGCAUUACGACACUACAAUUGCUCUUGCUAAUGGCCGUCCUGGCCACUGUUGGAAUAUGUCACAUUAACGGAACAGAGGAAGUCCUUCAAAACUUUACUACCUCCAAAAUCAAUGUGCAUCCCACCACCAGUAAAGCCCUGCUGGAUAACAAUACCAGAGUAAAGGGGCCUCCUUCCUGUAAGGAUCCCACUUCCAUCAAGCUCUAUUUUAAGUAUGUUAACACAAUUAUUUCCUGUCUCGUGUUUGUGGUGGGAAUGGUGGGUAACACCACCUUGCUGAGGAUUAUUUACCUAAACAAGUGUAUGAGGAAUGGACCCAACGCCCUCAUCGCCAGCCUGGCUCUUGGAGACCUCAUCUACAUCACCAUAGACAUCCCUAUCAAUGUCUACAAGCUACUUUUCACAAAAUGGCCAUUUGAAGAGAGCUUUUUUGGACUCUUCCUGUGUAAACUGGUGCCUUUCCUUCAGAAAGCGUCUGUUGGAAUUACAGUACUCAACCUGUGUGCUCUGAGUGUGGACAGGUACAGGGCUGUAGCAUCCUGGAGCAGAGUGCAGGGGGUCGGCAUUCCCCUCUUUACUGCCAUUGAGAUCUUCUCCAUCUGGGUCAUGUCCAUCAUCUUGGCUGUGCCAGAGGCAAUGGGCUUCAACAUGGUCACCUUUACCUACAAUAACCAAACCUACCGCACUUGCAUGCUCAAGCCUGAAACUGGCUUCACGAAGUUCUAUGUACAUUUGAAAGACUGGUGGUUAUUUGGCUUUUACUUCUGUGUGCCACUGGCCUGCACAGCUAUUUUCUACACCCUCAUGACAUGUGAAAUGCUCAACCGCAGAAAAGGAAGCCUUCGGAUAGCCCUCAGCGAACACCUUAAACAGCGGCGUGAAGUGGCUAAAGCAGUCUUCUGUUUAGUGCUGAUCUUUGCUCUUUGCUGGUUCCCUCUUCAUCUGAGUAGACUGUUGAAGAAAAUGGUUUAUGUUCCAAAUGAUGAAAGACGUUGCGAAUUACUCAACUUCCUGUUGAUCAUGGAUUAUUUUGGCAUCAACUUGGCCACUGUGAACUCUUGCAUCAACCCCAUCAUCCUCUACUUCGUGAGCAAGAAGUUCAAGAAUUGCUUUAAGUCCUGCUUGUGCUGCUGGUGUUACACCAGAAACCAGGUGUCCAGCUCAGGCCCAGUGAACGGCACUAGCAUUCAGUGCAAAAACCAUGAGCCCGGCAUCCUCAAUACCGACAGAAGCCUUCGUAAAUACAGUGACUGAGAGGUGAAGGACUCACUCCAGUCAGCCUACAUGCUUAAAACACAUUAUAAAAGCAGACAUCACCCAGCGUCAAACUUUGAGGUGGAAAACAUUGUAACCAUUCAUAUGAAACUAAAGUUCCUCGGAGCAGUAUCAGGCAGUUUUUAUAAAUAGCUUCAGACCAGACAAUGGACCUGGUAUAUUUAAAGUCUCACGUAGACCUACAGCAGCUGUUCCCUGACUUUCAGAGGGUUGUUUUGCUGUGUGAGAAGUGGUGGGAGUGAAGACCAACAGCAACAGGAUGCAGCUGAACCUAACAGCUACAAAUUAACCCUCAUCAGGAGUUUGACAUGUGUUCCUUAUAUAAAUGGGACACUAUGAACAUGCUCCGGAUCAUCAUUGUCCGACAUGAAAGGAAGUUAGAGAAAGGAAGAGUGAAGUGGUGAGGGUCAAUCUGUGUUUUCUGUGUUCCUUCCUAUAAGCUUUGCCAAAGAAACUCUCAGCAUGCCGCUAUCCUUCAAAUUCAGUGUCCGGUUGUUAUUGUUAGCACACUGAAUGCAGUUAUGGAAGUUUAAGCAAGGAACUCCCAGGCUGCUUCAUGCCUCAGUCUUUGUUAAGCUUUUAAGUGAAACAUACUGUGCGCUGGACGUCACUUCUGUUCAUGUGGGUUAGGAAAUUUAAUGGAGAUAUGCCUUUGUGUUUGAAUACCAAAUUAAGUUUAUUGCGUAUGUGCUUGUUUAAGGUGAAAAUGUAAGUUUAGAAUUAAAUCACAAAUCGUGGACAUAAUAGAGCAAAUGUGAAAUUAACAAGCUGGAUUCAGUUCCAUCAAUAAAGAGGCAAAUAAAACUUGCUGGGAUUUAAGAGUAAUUUCUAGGAAGGCAUCCAGUUGCAACAAAUGCUGUGUUAAAGAAGAAGAAAAAAUGGGCAUAAGGGAACCGGAAAACGGACCUUUCUGUAAUCAAAACAAAAAUACCAAAGAGAUACAAAUAUGUCUUUGCUUUUUUUUGACACUGUGAAUUUUCUCUGAACAUAACUCAUACGUGCUAUUAACCUUGCGCCCAUUAAUAUUAUUAAUAUUCAAUGGCCUCAGUAUUUGUAUAUCAUGUGUAUUUUAAGUUGAAAUAGUUCUUUUUUUGCAAAAAACCUACACUACUGCUCAAAAGUUUGGUGUCGGUAAGAUUAAAAAUUUUAUAUAACUUUAUUAUCGUUAUUAUUUAUGAAUACUUUUCUUCUGGAAAUAAAGAUGUAUUAAACUGGUCUAAACAAACUGUCAAGAUUACUGUCUCAAAUAAAUGUUGAACUUUUCAAAAAAUGAUUUUUAAAUUGUAAAACUAUUUCACAAACUUAAUGUUCUUUACUGUAUUUUUCAAUCAGAUAAAUGCAGCUUUUCCCUAAACAAACUACAAAAAAAAAUCUUACCAUACCCACAUUUUUGAAUAGUAGUGUAUAUGAAAUAAAAAAAUCAAUUUUCUUCUUGAUGUAAUUUGAAACUAAUGUGAAUGACAUUAUACACAUUCUGACAGAGACCUGCAUGGGUUUUGUUAAUUUGGGGUGUUGAUGAAUAUGUAUAUAUAAACAAGGUAAUUGUUGUAGUGGAAUUUGAUGUCACAGAUUAUCCUUAAGAGAGGAAUGUUGCACAUGUAUUUUAUUAAUAUAAUCCAUACAUACGAAUUAUAACACAUACAUAAGAAAUUAAACUUAUUGUAGCACUAUGACAAUCAAACAGCUCUGUUUACUCUAUUUGCUUUGCAGUACAAUUAAUAAACUUAUGGAUUAUUUUACAUAUCAUGAAUGACUGGAUAAAAUAACACACUUCUUCUCAUAGAUUGUUAUAGCAUCAUAUUCAAUUUGUAGAUGAGCUGCUAGUUAUUUGGACCAGAUUAUUGAUUCUACCACUUAAGGCAAUGUUAUCUUAACUCGAAGUGUAAUGAGGUUUCAUUGUUAAAAGAAGAGAGGUGCCUUGUGACCGCUGUCUGUUUUUGGCCUGGGAAGAACCUCCAGUGUGGGAGUGAUUUGUGAUGUACUUUGACCCACCAGGGAACACGGCC